AAGAGUGAGAGAGAGAAAGGGAGGAACACAGAGAGCAGGAGAGAGACAGAGAGUGAGUGAGAGAGAAAGGGAGGGACACAGAGAGCAGGAGAGCGACAGAGAGAGAGCCGGAGACGGGAGAGAGCGGUGGAUGGUGAACAGAACAGCGUUAGCUUUUGCAUCACAGCAGGAUGCCAGAUCAGAGAGAGAGAGAAUUAAUCAGACAGAGAAGAGGGAAGGUCUGAGGAAGGAUACCACACAAUCUGGCAACCCUGCAGAGCAGAGUCGAGCAUUGUGAUUAUACAACUGGCAACCCAACCCUGUAUCACGGAUGGAACAGAAAGGACUCUACGGGAAGGUUUAUAGAGGGGCUGGCUGCGAGAAACAGAACGGAGCCUGAUCUGCGGACAUUUGCACCAGCUGCAGCUUCCUUCUCUGUCGGAGCUGAACUGAGCUGCUACUGCCCGCUGUCUGUUGGUUGUCUGUCUGCCUACCUCACCGACUGGCCGUCUGUCUGACCGUCUGUGGCUGUCUGUCUGUCUGACCGUCUGUGGCUGUCUGUCUGUCUUGACCGUCUGUGUGCUCUCAGGCACUGUGUAACUGAGUAUCUCUCAUCCUAGUGUGUGUGUGUGUGUGUGUGUGUGUGUGUGACUGUGUGUGACCGUGUGUGUCUGUGUGUGUGUGUGACUGUGUGUGUCUUCUUCUCUUGCCAAUAUGAUGAGACAGACUCCUGCCCCCAGGAAGACUACGGCCAGAAGGCCCAAGCCCAGCCGCCCUGCGGGAACCGGGGCCUCCAAGGCGGGGCCCUCUGGGUCUGUGUCUGCCUCGGCUGGAGAGAUGAGCAGUAGCGAGCCUUCCACCCCGGCGCAGACCCCCCUGGGGACCCCCAUCAUCCCUGGGGGGCUCCUCUCCCCUUCAGCCCCCCCACCUCCACUCCCCAGCAAGGAGGAGGAGUCUCUGCGAGGUCAGGUGAAGGAUCUGGAGGAGAAGUUAGAGACUCUGAGGAUGAAGAGGACAGAGGACAAGGUCAAGCUGAAGGAGCUGGAGAAACAUAAGAUCCAGCUGGAGCAGCUCCAGGAAUGGAAGAACAAGAUGCAGGAGCAACAGAACGACCUGACAAAACAACUCAAAGAGGCCAAGAAGGAGGCGAAGGAGGCCCAGGAGGCGAAGGAGCACUACAUGGAGGAGAUGGCGGACACGGCUGACGCUAUAGAGAUGGCCACGCUGGACAAGGAGAUGGCUGAAGAGCGGGCAGAGUCCCUGCAGCAGGAGGUGGAGUCACUGAAGGAGAAACUAGAAGAGCUCGCCAUGGACCUGGAGAUCCUCAAACACGAGAUAGAGGAGAAAGGUUCAGACGGUGCUGCUUCCAGUUACCAUGUCAAACAGCUGGAGGAGCAGAACGGCAGGUUGAAGGAAGCUCUCGUCAGGAUGCGUGACUUGUCUGUGUCGGAGAAGCAGGAACAUGUGAAGCUCCAGAAGCAGACCGAGAGGAAGAGUACAGAGCUGGACACCCUGAGGACUCAGAGAGAGAAACUCCAGGAGGAGAUGAAACUGGCCGAGAGGACCAUCGAUGAACUCAAAGAACAGGUGGACGGGGCUUUAGGAGCUGAGGAGAUGGUGGAGACUCUGACAGAGAGGAAUCUAGACCUGGAGGAGAAAGUCAGAGAGCUGAGAGAGACCGUCGUUGAUCUGGAAGCCAUCAAUGAAAUGAACGACGAGCUGCAGGAGAACGCCAGAGAGACGGAGCUGGAGCUCAGAGAGAUGCUGGAUCUGGGCGGAGGCAGGGUCAGGGAGGCGGAGAAACGAGUGGAGGCUGCUCAGGAGACCGUAGCUGACUAUCAACAGACCAUCAAGAAGUACCGCGAGCUGACCGCUCACCUGCAGGAGGUGAACAGAGAGCUGACCAGCCAGCAGGAAGCCACAGCUGAGCAACAGCAACAACCUCCAGCUGAGAUGUUUGACUUCAAGAUCAAGUUUGCUGAGACUAAGGCCUAUGCCAAGGCCAUAGAGAUGGAGCUGAGGAAGAUGGAAGUGGGCCAGGCCAACAGACAGGUGUCUCUCCUCACAUCCUUCAUGCCCGACUCCUUCCUACGUCAUGGAGGAGACCACGACUGUAUUCUGGUGCUUCUGCUCAUACCAAGACUCAUCUUCAAGGCGGAGCUGAUCACCAAGCAGGCCCAGGAGAAGUUUGAUCUGAGUGACAACUGUGUGGAGAGGAGCGGCAUGAGAGGAGCGGCUGGGGAACAGCUGAGCUUUGCUGCUGGACUCGUCUACUCUCUCAGUUUACUACAGGCUACACUACAUAAAUAUGAGCAAGCGCUGAACCAAUGCAGUGUGGAGGUAUAUCAGAAGAUCGGGACGCUGUACCCGGAGAUGGGCGUGCACGAACGUUCCCUGGACUUCCUGAUUGACCUGCUGCACAAAGACCAGCUGGAUGAGACGGUGAAUGUGGCGCCACUCACCAAGGCCAUCAAAUACUACCAGCACCUGUACAGUAUCCACCUGGCAGAGCAGACAGAAGACUGUACCAUGCACCUGGCUGAUCACAUCAGGUUUACCCAGAGUGCGUUGGACUGUAUGUGUGUGGAGGUUGGUCGUUUGCGUGCGUUCCUACACACAGGGCAGGAGAAGACGGACCUGGCCGUGCUGCUGAAGGACCUAGAGACUUCCUGUUCUGACAUCAGACAGUUCUGUAAGAAGAUCCGCCGACGCAUGCCUGGUACGGACGUACCUGGGAUACCUGCUGCACUCACCUUCCUACAGCAGGUGGCAGAUAUUCUGCUGGACUGCAGGAAGCACCUGACCUGGGUGGUGGCCGUGCUGCAGGAGGUGGCGGCUGCAGGGGCGCAGAUGGUUGCCCAUCUAGGGGAGCAGGAGGGACUCUCCGCACUCAAACUAGAGGACGUGGCCUUUAAGGCUGGAGAGCAGAUCUACGGAACUCAAGGUUCUAACCCCUAUGGGUGCCUGCGCCAGUCCUGCUGCAUCGUCAUAGCAACCAUGAACAAGAUGGCCACCGCCAUGCAGGAAGGAGAGUACGACGCAGAUAGACCCCAGAUCAUGACACUUCCUCCGGUGGAGCUGCGUGCCACAGCCCUCAGAGCGGAGAUCACCGACGCAGAAGGACUGGGCAUGAAGCUGGAGGACAGAGAAACAGUCGUCAAGGAGCUCAAGAAGUCACUCAAGUUCAAGGGAGAGGAGCUGAGUGAGGCUAGCGUCCGGCUCAGUCUGUUGGAGAAGAAACUAGACAGUUCAUCUAGAGACGCAGACGAGCGCGUAGAGAAGAUCCAGACUCAUCUAGACGAGACUCAGACUCUGCUCAAGAAGAAGGAGAAGGAGUUUGAGGAGACCAUGGACGCGCUGCAGGCCGAUAUCGACCAAUUGGAGUCGGAGAAGGCGGAUCUGAAGCAGCGUCUGAACAGCCAAUCAAAGAUGACCAUGGACGGGCUGAGAGGAGCGCCAGCGUCAGGCAUCGCCUCCGUUGUCACGGGGAUGACAGGAGAAGAGCAGAAAGCGACUAUGGCCAGUAUGGGUCCCAGUAUGGGUCCCAGUAUGGGUCCUGGGUCGGGGGUCCCGGUGAUAGACUCUCCUCUCCUGACGCAGCAGAUUGAGGCUCAGAGACACAGCAUCAAAUACCUGAAGAAUGAGAACAACAGACUCAAGGCUGAGAAGAUGCGCGCCCAGCUGUCCUCCCUACCACCUCUCCAUGUCUCCAAGCUCCCCGCUAGAGACGGCUCUCACCCAGAGGUGCUCUCUAGCGCCCUCUAUCGUAAGACUGACCAAUUACUGGACACGUUACUGCAGCUGAGUGCCAACGUCAAAGUGGUGGACAUCACUGGCAAAUCCCCAGUAACUCCUAGUGCCCAGCUGUUGGAACACACAGCCAGACUGCAGUCCCUUAGCAACACUCUGGACCGACUAAAGGAUGAGGUAUCAGAACAUGUGGUGACCCAGAGACCUGGAGCUAGAGCCUUGUCUGAUUUUGCCACGUUCCCCUGCUCCUCCUUCGUCAAGGUCCAGGAGGAGAAGAGGGGGGACAUGGUGCUGGUGGGGAAGGUGAUGAUGCCGUGUUCCCGUGGUCAGGAGCAGGUCCACCGUCUCGUCCUAUCACAGCCUCAGCUCCAAAGAGUGCACCGCCUCCUGCUGACAUAGGCUCCACCUUCAACCCGCCCCGUGUUGCGCCUUCCCAUCUGUCUGUCUGAGGGUUUUUAGGCCAAAGCUUUGGGUGUGUGUUCGUACGCAGACAGUGCUUGACUUGGGCCGUGAGCUCACUGAGCGCCAGUAUCUUCAUUUGUUCUAUUGCCCGAGUCCCAUUCUGCCGUUAUUGCAAAGUUCUGGCACCUGAAUAUAAACGAUAGAAGCACCCAAAAAAAGUACCAGCGUCAAGUCAAGCACUGUUCACACGUACAGUUAGAGUACUAAUACGCUCACUUCCUCUGUAGGUCAUACACUUCCUCUGUAGGUCAUACACUUCCUCUGUAGAUCACUCACUUCCUCUGUAGAUCACUCACUUCCUCUGUAGAUCAUUCACUUCCUCUGUACAUCACUCACUUCCUCUGUAGGUCAUACACUCACUUCCUCUGUAGGUCAUACACUCACUCACUUCCUCUGUAGAUCGUAGACUCACUCACUUCCUCUGUAGAUUAUUCACUUCCUCCGUAGAUCACUCACUUCCUCUGUAGAUCAUUCACUUCCUCUGUACAUCACUCACUUCCUCUGUAGGUCAUACACUCACUUCCUCUGUAGGUCAUACACUCACUCACUUCCUCUGUAGAUCGUAGACUCACUCACUUCCUCUGUAGAUCCUUCACUUCCUCUGUAGAUCACUCACUUCCUCUGUAUGUCAUAGACUCACUCACUUCCUCUGUAGAAUAUUCACUUCCUCUGUAGAUCACUCACUUCCUCUGUAUGUCAUAGACUCACUCACUUCCUCUGUAGAUCAUUCACUUCCUCUGUACAUCACUCACUUCCUCUGUAGGUCAUACACUCACUCACUUCCUCUGUAGAUCGUAGACUCACUCACUUCCUCUGUAGAUCCUUCACUUCCUCUGUAGAUCACUCACUUCCUCUGUAUGUCAUAGACUCACUCACUUCCUCUGUAGAAUAUUCACUUCCUCUGUAGAUCACUCACUUCCUCUGUAUGUCAUAGACUCACUCACUUCCUCUGUAGAUCAUUCACUUCCUCUGUAGAUCACUCACUUCCUCUGUAGGUCAUGCACUCACUUCCUCUGUAGAUCAUUCGCUUCCUCUGUAGAUCACUCACUUCCUCUGUAGGUCAUACACUCACUUCCUCUGUAGGUCAUAGACUCACUCACUUCCUCUGUAGAUCCUUCACUUCCUCUGUAGAUCACUCACUUCCUCUGUAUGUCAUAGACUCACUCACUUCCUCUGUAGAAUAUUCACUUCCUCUGUAGAUCACUCACUUCCUCUGUAGGUCAUAGACUCACUCACUUCCUCUGUAGAUCACUCACUUCCUCUGUAGAUCACUCACUUCCUCUGUAGAUCACUCACUUCCUCUGUAGGUCAUAGACUCACUCACUUCCUCUGUAGAUCAUUCACUUCCUCUGUAGAUCAUUCACUUCCUCUGUAGAUCACUCACUUCCUCUGUAGAUCACUCACUUCCUCUGUAGAUCAUUCACUUCCUCUGUAGAUCAUUCACUUCCUCUGUAGAUCAUUUGGUAGAGCGUAGCGCUUGUAACGGCAGGAUAGUGGGUUUGAUUCCUGGGACCACCUAUACACGCAUGACUGUAAGACACUUUGGAUAAAAGCUUCUGCCAAAUUAUAUUACGUAAACACACACUACUAACCACUAACUGUCUGCUGAGGGUGAUGCUGCCUGCUACCCAUUUUACUGUCUCAUCUUUUAUUUAUGACAUUUAUUUAAGAUGGUCAAUGUACAUUAGGCCCUAUUUAGACUUGACAUAAGUUGACUUUAACAUUGACUUAAGUCAACAAAUAUUUGUACUUAGGUCCAUGUUUUAUAUCCACAUGUAGAGUCUAUUUAUCUCAAGUCUGAAUCAGACCCAUUAUAAAUGUCCAGGUUCAACAUCAACGUAAAAGUGACCGAGUUAACGACAGAGCUGUUUCCUGUCCGUUGUCCCGUAGUUCAUGACAGUGUCUUGUGUUGAUGUAACUAUUCCUUACUCUUAACUAUCUACAGCAGAGGUGUCAAACUCCUUUUCCCAGCGGGCCGUAUUCGGUCUUCACUGAGCGCCGCAGUUUCCCCCCCCCCCCCCCCCCCCCAGAAUAAAAUAAUAUAUAAAUAAUUCCUUGAGUUUGACACAUGAUCUGAAAAGGGAGAGAACUAUAUCUGAGGUUGUUUGAUUGCUGUGCAUUAGUUGGUAUUAAUUCUACUGCAGUUUAACUUACAUUUCAACAGGGAUUUACGGAGUAAAAAAGACAUUACUUUGAAGGGAUUUUAUGAAUCAUAUGGAUGACAUGUUUUGCUUUCAUAAGGUCAGUGUCAUGUUUUGCUUAAUUUAUUUCAUAUUUAUUGCACAUAUUAAAUGCCAGUAAAUUGUGACAGUCGCCUGUUACCUGUAAUCUGUUUUAAGUAGCUAAUAUAGUAAUGUGUAUUACAGGUGAGACUCUUGCUGUGUAGAAUGACUCCGGUCAUCAGAGCCUUCAUUAAACUACUGACUGGUCACACUA